AUGAUUAUGUUGAUAAAGGAAAAAAAGGUUAUUUUUGUCGAUGGUGAAGAUGAUUGUCAUGAUAAUAGUGGGAAAAAGGAUGAUAAUACAAGUUUUGGAAGAAGUGAACGGAAAAAUGAUUAUGAUAAUGUUGAUGUUGGGGAAAAAAUAUAUGAUUUUACUUUUUCCAAUAUGAAUGAUGUUGUUCUUUGUAGUGGCAUGUUGUUUGAUAAUUUAGAUGAGGUGGAAAGAUUUUAUCGGGAUUACGGGCGUAGGGUUGGAUUCGAGGUUAUCAUUAGAAAUACUCAUAGGCAUUCUAGAAGCAAUGAAGCUUGUUCACGUAUGUAUAUUUGCCGGCUAGGUGGGAGAGUAUGUUCAAGUUCGGCUAAUGUUGAUGAGGAAUUGAAUUUAAAAAGGACUCGUGAUACAAUUGAUCGGACAAAAUGUAAGGCUCGAAUUUCGGUUGUUCAUAGAGUGAAGACGGAUGAAUGGGAAAUAACCACAGUAGAGUUAGAACACAAUAAUCCAAUGGUUACCCCAGACAAAGUACAAUUCAUGCAAAGAUCACGUAAUAUAGGUCCGGUUGCCCGAUCUUUAAUAGAGACGUUGAACAAAUCGGGAAUAGGACCCUCAAAAGUGUUGAAAGUAAUAGGGGAAGCUCUCGGUGGAUUAGAGAAUGUUGGUUUUACUAAUCAAGACAUACGUAAUGUUUUACUUAACAUUCGAUGUCAAGUGUUUGAUGGUGGUGACGCAAUGUCCGGGUUGGCUUUGUUAGAGGAGUUAAAGGGAAAUAAUUUCGUGAAGUUUUUCUAUCGGUUUGAUAUGGAUGACGAGGAUCGGGUUAACGCUUCGGUGUGGGUUGACCCUUGA